ACAGCACAGGUCCCAGCUGCACUGCAAGCCUAUGUCCGACCGUCCCAGGCUCACAGCAAAGCAGACACCUGAAGCAGACGCUGCUCCCCAAAGGCAGCACCCCAAAAGAUGCUGGGGCAGGCGCCAUGGGCAAGGCUGUCUCCUUCUGGCCCUGCCGUCCUGCUGCUGGUGCUCUUUGCAGGUGCUGGUGUCAUGACUCAGGACCUCUGCAGAUCCCCAGGUGACCUCCCGGCUCCUGCCCUCCUGUUGAACACCUUCAGUGCCCAGGAGGGACAAAUGGUUUUGGUUCAGUGUGCCAUUGAUGGGCGUUCUCCCGUUACAAGAAUUGUCUUCUGCAAGGAUGGGGUGGAAACAUCCAGCCUGAAGGCCAUUCAGGGGCAGCUGACCUACAACAUGAUCAUGAAUGUCUCACUGGGAAGUGCAGGCAAGUACACGUGUGGGUACCAGCUCAAGGAUCAGAGCAACCAAGUGAAGAACUCUGCCCUCAGUGUCCCCCAGGACUUGGAAAUCACAGCUCCACAUGCCCGGAUUCUGCACACCCUCCCCACAGGCAUGGUGCUGGCAGUGGCGGCCGUCGGCCUCGUCCUCCUGGCUGCAGGCAGCUGGUUUGCCAUCAGGAAAGGUGCCUGCAGAGGAAGAUGCCCAAGGCAGCAGCACGUUGACAGCCCACAGACGGAAGACACCAACUAUGGUGACAUCCAGUACUCCACCAUCGCCCAUGUUCGACGGGACAGGCCUCGUCCCAUGCAGCACAUGAGAAACACCACGACAUAUGCCAUGGUGACCCGCACCCAGACCCGAUAGCGCUGCCACAGGGCAAGGGCACAGGAGCCUUGUCCACAGCUGCCUUUGCUCUCCUGCAGAGGGCUCCUGCAGCCAUAACGUGGGGCUGGGGGUUGCACUUUGGUCUUCUUUGGGGUUUGUUAUCACAGGGAAGGGCUGUGAGUGUCUAGCCAAGUCGAUGUAGGACUCAUACCUCCAUCUACAAUACAUUAAUACUUCCAAAAUAUAUGAGCUAUACCAAA